AUGUUACAUAAUACGGGAACAUUUGAUCAGAAUGAAGUGCCGCUUAAGUCGAACAAUCAAAACAAUUUAUCGUCUGAAGAUAGAAUUCUAUCUAGUAACAAUACUAUGUCCAAUAGUGAUCAAUCCGAACAAAUACAUUUUAAUGUGCCGUACCAGGUGAAUUUAGGACUCACUCCAUACAAUUCUGGAUACCAAGUGAGUGCACAAACUUAUCAAAACAAUGGUCACCCAUUGGAUUUGAAUCUACAGAAUAAUUCAGUUUUAACCAAAAAUUAUCCACAAGUGUUUACAAAAGCGUAUCACAAACAAAUGGAUAUAGAUUAUAAUUACUUAAAUAGCUAUAAUCAAUCUAAUUACGAUGUAAAUCACGUAAACACACCCAGCUUGCCGCUAACUUUACGUAAACACAAUGAAGAUACUGUUACAAGUGAUAUUAAACCACAGAGUGAUAUAAUAACAAGAAUUAGUCAAGAAUCUAGUUAUAAAAUUGAAGUAGAUUUAUCAAGUGAACCUGUAAAUAAUGUAAGUACAGAUAGUAUCCCAGAUUCAAGUAACAAAUUACUAAGAGAUGAGUCUAGGCAAAGGUUAGCUAAUACAGUCAAGAUUAUAGAAAAUAUUAUAUCACAUCCGUCAAAUUCAAGAAAAAAUAAAUUGGAACAGAAUAUUAAGACCGAAAAUUACGAAGAUUUAUCGGAAACAUCAGAAACAGAGUUUGUUAUAAGCGAAUGUGAUAAUAAUGAUGUCGACGAUAAAAGUAUAAGCAAAACAGAUACAAAACAACUAGACAAUCUAUUCAGUAGUGUGAAAACUGAGAAUUGGUUAUGUAAUAAUAGCAAAAUAUCUACCGAAGAUGCUCAAGAGACUUCAUCUAGAACGGUUUUGCUGCCGUCAAUAUUAAAUAUUGAACAAAUCAAUCCAUUCCUUAAAGACACACACGGAGUGCAGGGCGAUGAGAUCAAGGACUACGAUAUUAUCGGAGCUGAGAGCAGUAUAAAUGUUGCGAAGGAAAUUAUUAAAAAAGGUGCUUCACUAAUAUCGACGUACUUUGAAUGUCCACACUGCAAACUAUUCUUUAAUAACGCAAAGAGAUUCAUAAUUCAUACAAAAUGGCAUACAUUUGGAUACAUAACAGAGAAGAAACUUAGAUCGCAGAAGGAGAAGAUAGUCAAACCUAGAAACAGGAAGUAUAAAGUUAGCGGUAGUGAGGAAAUUACCGAAGAAGCUCUCAUACCUUGUACCGAUUGCAAGAGAACGUUCACCAAUACACCGAGCCUCAUGAAUCAUAGGCGGAAAUAUCACCCGACCCGUCUAAGAGAUUGCAAGAUCUGUGGUAAAACAAUGUCUGGGAUGGCAGCUCUGAAAGCUCAUAUGGCUACACACACCACAGAAUCUAGAUUUCAAUGUGAAGACUGCCCAAAAUGGUUCAAAUAUGCCCACUCAUUGGCAAAACAUAGAGACACACAUUUAGAAAAAACCGAAGAAUGUCCUCAAUGCCCAAAAAAAUUUGGUUCAACGGCCCUACUUAAUGUACAUAUGAAGACACAUGAAAGAGUUCUUCGUGGAGCUACAUUCAGAUGUAGCUAUUGUGGAAAAGGAUUCUUUGAAAGUUAUAGCCUUCAGGCUCACGAACGAACUCAUAGAAAUGAAAGGCCGUUCGUGUGUGAGAUAUGCAACACUAGCUUCGGCACAAACAGCAGUCUGAAACGGCAUCUGAAAGUUUCCCACAGUACAUCAAAGCCGUUUGAAUGCAAAACCUGUCACCGAUCAUUUGUAUCCGAGAAUAUCAGGGAUCGACACUUCAUAAGGUUCCACGGGGACCCAGAGGAAUUCAAAUACAUAUGCAAAUUGUGUCCGUGUAAAUAUUUAAAUGCCAGAGAAUUGAGGAGACAUAUAUAUAAAGUACAUCCAAAACCCAAAAUCAAGGUUGAAGUGGGCAGCGAUUAA